CUACUCGUUCAUAGAAGAAACAUUGCAGGACGGUGUAGAGAGUCCGCUAUGCUCUGCUUGUGACAAAACACAGCUCAUGUUGACACCUGAUGAAUGGUGGUAAUUUCAGAAGAUACAACAAUCACUCUAGUGAGCUUUUUUAAACGCAGAAUGCCGAAUGUAUUGGCUCUAGCAUUGUGAAGUAGGUGCAUACUCCCGCACCCAUGGGCGCACAGCCGGGCAUUGAAUACCCCCACCACCGGAACUGAAAUGGACAAUGGCUGCCUCUAGUGGCAAUCCCGACAAAAUGGCGCAAGGGCCGCAGAGUGCCGCAAUGCCAGCUGGCGAAGAGCCAAAAGCGGCCCCCCAGAAGCGGGACCUCAUGCUCGAGAUUUGGACGCUGGUUGCGAUCGGCGUGCUGGUCCAUGGGGACUGCGGUUCCUACCGGGGUGUGCACUUUGCGGUGCACUUGCAAGGCCUGCAGCACAAGAAGCGAAUCUUAGCGUUGAACCCGACUAAGGAGGGCUUUCCUGAGGAGAAGGUGAAAACGCUCAUGAGCGAGCCUUUCAAGCUUUUCUAUGAGGGGCCGGAGGGGGAAAGUGAAGGGAGCCGGAAACUGGUGAUGACGUGUCCCAGCAGCCUGAAGCUGGCGGCAGAUUGGAAGGCGCGUGGGUUUGUUGGAGUGCCGAAGACGGGCGCGAACGAUGCCUUUGGAAGCCCCAUCUUCUUCUUUCACACUCUGAAUGGCAAGCCAAACCGCAACGGGCCUUUAGUCUUGGGCUCGAUACGCGACGCCGUGACCGAGAAGAUCCGCUGGAACCCCGAGACUGGCUCCUCAAUUCACGGGACACUCGAGCAGCUUAACCAGAAGUUUGAGGAAGCGGUGGUCCGGUUGCCUAGGGCAUCCAAGAAAGAGGGUGCCAAGCCACAGGUGUGGGUGCAGAGGACCGGGCAGAAAAGGGGGGGGAGUGCGGUGAACAAGCUGAAGAGAAAGUGGGCAGGCGAAUUGGGGGGCUUGAAGAAACGGGUCUGGGAGGGGGGGAGUGCGCUGAGGCGGGACCUGAAGAGAAAGAGGGGCCAAGGGGAUGCAUUGGAAGGAAGAAGCAAGGUUAUGCAGGGGGCGAACGACAAAGUGUUAGGAAGCAGUCAGGGGAGGAAGAUGGGGCAGACGCAACCGAACACUACAGGAGGAGGGGCGGGCCUGAGCAAGGGCCCAGUCGCGUCGAAAAAAGAAGGGACUGAGAGCACAACAAAAUUGCAGCAUGGAUUGAAAGCCUCCAGUGCGAAAGCUGAGGGCUUGAAACACGAGAAGAAAGUGGUGGGCAGUGCGCCGGAAGUUGGAAGGGAGCCUCAGGAGCGCUGUGGUCUGGAGGGCAACGCAGGGGGUGGGCCUGUGGACGAAGAGAAAGAGCGUUCAGCGAUUGGCAGCUUGAAGCAGGCUUCAGAGAAGCAGAAGCAGGAGGGAAAGGACUCCGAGAGUGAAGAGGACGAUGGUGGAAAUGAUGGAUCAGAGGUGCAAAAAAGCGGAGUACAGGGUGACAACGCUGGGGUCAAAGAUACUCAUGGUGGGGGCACCGGUGGGCCUAGCCAGGCUAACAGGGAGCGCGUAAACAAUGGCCAGGCCAUUCAGGCGGAGGUGGGCAGCGGAAAGCAAGCUGGCGAUCGGGGAAUUGGAUUGACUGCGGUUGGGGGCGAGAGAGAGCGGGCAAAGCCUGCGAUGCUGGUGAAAGGGCCAGGGCUGAGGCUUCGGAUAUCUCUGAAAGAUCUGCCAGGGCCGGUGGCGAAGGUGCCGCGUCACUCAGGGUCGGUUGCACCGCAGGGGCAGAAGCCUGCGGGUUUGGAGGGGACAACGGAACAGUUUGGAAGCGGUGUUGUUGGGGCGAAAUUGAAGUCGGAGGGGGAGAAAGAUGAGGUGGUGGAAUGCAGAGGAAGGUUGCCUGGCACAGCGGCAGAGCGAGGCAGCGGGGGGGUUGGGGAGAGCUCGGUCAGGGGGGAUGGAAGCCCAGUGGAACCUUCAGAGGCGAUCAAGGGACAAGCCGAGGCAAAACGGAGGCCAGCAACCGAGAAAGGCCACAGGGCGGAAGGCGGGACGAACGGGGAGAGAUCAGUUCUCAGCAGCGAAGCCUUAGGAACGAGCAGAUCCGACAUUGUGUCGGCGCGGGAAGGGUCCGAGCCCGAUGAGAUCGGGCAGCCUCAAACUCCGGAUAGUCACACAGCUGAAGCGAGGAAAGCAAGAGAAAAGGAUCGCAGGGCUGCCUUCCCAUUAGAGCCGCUCGAAGAUGCGGAGGCUGUCCGAGAGCUGGUGCGCAAGUCCGCUCGGACAAAGCUGUUUGAGAUGCAGCUGGUCACGGGAAGGUACCGCGACGUCGAGCGCGCUUUGCUGGAGUUGCUGAAAGCGCCGGACUGCCGCCCCGAGUUCAAAGUGGAGCUCAAGCUAGCGCUGCGGCAGAUGCGCGAGGGGGACCUCCUGGCCCCUCCUCGCUGGGAGCGACUCGAAGAAGCGGCGGAGAAAGAGUGCCCAAAAGGCUUUGAGGAGAUGCGGGCGGAGCGAAGUCGCAGCGGGGGGGCAGGUAGUCUGCAACUCGGUAGCAUCUUUGCUGACGGGGCUCGUGACGUCAUUGCUGGCGUUACCGUGCUGGGCCCAGCAGAGAAGAUGCGGACGUGGCGGGAGGCGAGGGUUCGGAAGAUGACGUCAGCACGCGUGGCGCCCGUUUUCGUGCCCAGCAGGGGGCGGGCUGACCUUGCGUACCUCAACUUUGAGGCGGAGUGCGCUUUGGGACCAAGGAGGGUAGGGGAGACGCCGGUGGUGGUGUUCGUGAGGGGCGACGAAUUAGAAGCGUACCGUGCGCGGUGGCCGGAGCUGCUGUUUGCCAUUCUGCCAAGCGGGCAAGGUUGUAGCAGCAUCGGCGGAGUCCGCAACACGAUGAAGCGCUUUGCCGCAGCGGCGGGCCUCUCGCACUACUGGGAGAUCGACGACAACGUGAUGGGCUUCGUGGCCGGCCCGGAGAGGCGCCACGUGGCAAUGUGGGAGGCGCUGUUAUAUGGGCAGCGGCAGAUGCUGGAGUGUGCGGGGGAACGGGUCGGGGUGUUCGGCUUCGAGUGCUGGAAAGGACUGGACGACAUUCCAGAGGACGGGGACCUGUUUCUGAAAGCGAACUCAGCGUCCAUCUACAAGGUGCGGUUGAUUGAUUGCCACGUCACCGCGGGCAUGCGCUACCGCCCGUUCCUGCACAGCAAGGAGGACAUCCUGUUCAACGCGGAGUUCACCUGCCGGGGCGGCCGCACCCUCAAGAGCCUCUGGUUCCGCUACGUGCGCUCGUUCUGGUCCCAGGGCGGCUGCCACGAUGCCCGGAACCCUGUCCAAAUUACCAGCGUAUCUGGGGUAGGGGGAGCGGACAAUCUGGCAAGAUCGGCGGGGACAGGGGCGGGAGAAGAGGGCCUCUUGGGUGCCAACGCGUCUGGGCCUGUCGAAGGCUCAGAAAAGACGGUUUUGGAGGUGCGGUUAGACACGGCUCCGGAAAAGGCGGCAGCCGUUUCUGCACUGUUCCCGGCAGUCGGGCCGAGGCCACAGUUUCUGGGGGUCAACAGACCGGGACCGUUGAGCGGAGCGCAAGGUGGCUGGAGUAUUCCCAAAGUGGACAGCGGCGUGGCGGGCUCUGAUCGCCUCCACGCUUCUGCUGCGGGUUCGUUGGAGCCACGCAAACGUCUUGGACCUCUAAACAUUCCCGCAUCGGUCCCAGAAACCGAGAUUCCGGGUCCCCCGAGCGAGUAUCAGCCAGCGGGAAGAGUUCAGAGGAAGGUCUCUGCUCGGGGCGGCGAACUUGGCUUCGGGGCGGCGUCUCCAGUAGCGACCCGGAGAACGAAAUGCAGAAGCGCCUGCGAUUCAGUCGAAGACGGCUCUGCAAAUUUUGUGCAACCUGUCCCCGGCGCGCAAACAAGGCCGCUAGGUCCGGAUCUACCUGUUCCGCCUGGCACCCCUCCACACCAAAGCUCCCCGGAUACCCCCCCCCAAAGCAGUGCGCCGGAAUACCCGCCUGGCUUGAGCUCGCCAGGCACCCCCCCGCGAGGUGGAUCCUGCUCUAACAAUCCGUCCUCCCCUCGUGAAACUGUUAGUAUUCCCCCGAAAUGGGGUGUGCCAAAGGCACUCGAAGAAGAAAGCGACGGAAGCGAUGAUUCAGCAGGAGAGUCAGAGUCAGAAGCCGAAUCCGAGGCCCAUUUUGGAAGCCCGCCUCGGUCUUUUCCUGCUCCUCUAAGGGAAGCGCCCGCGCCUUUGACCCCACCGCCUGUGACCCCGAGGAAACAGAAAAAGCGACCGAGCGUAAAAGCCGAGCGAUCGAGGCCGGCCUGGAUGGAGCGGAGUAAAGACGAUGAAGAUCUAUUGGGGCCGGCCGUGGCAAUGACGGGUGCAGAGCUGGCCGCGGCGCUGCAGAGUGACGUCACGCUGACGGAGGCCUACGUCAAGGAGCAGCGGGCCCUGCGGAAGCGCGGCCGGCUGGGCGGGCUGUCAGGGAAGCUGAAGGCCGCCGAGAAGCAGCGGCAACUGUUAGCGAAGCUAGAUAAGCUCCUCGAGAUGGGGACGUACAGCAUCGUGAAACGGAAGAAAGUCAAGCGGAGAGCGGUGCAAGAGGAUCACGAUCUAUGGGAGUGCCCGGGAGACAUGUUCAGCGGACAUGCGCAGGGGAAAACUAGAGCGAAGAUUAAAUUGGCCGAGGCGGCGGACAUAACGGUUAUGAAAGAUGAGGAGCUGCGGGAAACGCACCGGGAGAUCAUGGCCGUCGCGGAUAGGCUGGGGAAGAAGGGCCGCCUCCGAAAGAGCCCGUUCGGGGGGCAGGUGAUCUUGCGCCUCGCGCGGCUGCUCGCGUCGCGUAAUGCGCGUGUGCACCAGCAGGCCGCGCGCACGCUUUCGGACUUGGCGGGGCGGUGUGACGUCACGGGGUGCGCGAGACGGGUUGAGGGGUUCAGGAAAGCGGCGCGAGACGCUUUGGGGUUUCUGGUCGACCACUGGGAGCUGUUUAGGGACGAGCGGUUUGGCAUGCGCCUGAUCGAGGUUAACAAACUGUUCCGCCUGGGCUUGAUAAUGUUUCGUAGGCGUGUACUGACGGGUGGAUUCGAUGCAAAUGUAAGCUGAAAGGGCCUCAUGCUUCAGUUUGUACUAGGCCAAUCGUGGCACACCUGCGCAUGUCUGGAUCUGAGAGUCUAGCAGUGGAUGCGCAUUUGAAGCUCAGCAUAGUAUACAAGCCCGCUUUCAGACAAGGCUGAUUGAAGUUCCUACGAACUGGUUGAACACAGCCGAGGAUGGAUGCAAUCUACAAGGGUCGGAUGUGACCGUGCAUGCA